AUGUUCAACACUGUCUUUUGCAGCUUCAAUAUUCGUUGCAACCAACAAGACAUGCAUGCUCUCUUAAACUUCAAGCAAGGAGUAACAGAUCCAACAGAUGUCCUUUCAUCAUGGACCACUAAAAUAGAUUGUUGUAAUUGGAAAGGAGUAAUAUGUAGCAACAUCACUAGUAGAGUCACUGGAAUCUCUCUCCCAUGUUCUACAACUCUUAUUACAAGUUACAGGGACGAAGAAGCGUUACAAUUUGAUUAUCAGCAUAAUCAUAAUUGUCAAAAUCUAUCUAUACCUACUUCUCGUCAGUGUGUCAACUCUUCAACUCUUCGUUAUCUUGAUUUAUCAUUAAAUCGGAAUCUUGUUAUCAAUAACCUUAAAUGGCUUCCCUACAUUUCCUCACUGGAAUAUCUUAUCCUCGAUGAUAAUGAUCUUAGCAAAGAAACUAAUUGGCUUUCAUUAGUGACUAUGCUUCCAUCACUUUCAUUCCUUAGUUUGGGUAAUUGUCAGCUUACAGACUUGAGUUUGUCUCUCCAGUAUGCUAAUUUUACUGCCCUCCAAGAUCUUUAUCUUUCAUACAAUGAAUUCAAGUCAGAGUUACCUAAGUGGCUAUUCAAUCUUAGUUCCACUAUCUAUUCUUUACACUUUAGCUCAAAUUCUUUAGUAGGACAUCUACCUAAGGAUUUGUUAAAUCUUCGAGAACUGGAAGACCUGGUUAUGCCAACCAAUAACUUUGAUGGACCCAUUCCAGAUUGGUUUGGUGAAUUCAAACAUUUAAAAACUCUUGAUCUUGAAGAAAACAUGUUUUCUGGAUCUAUUCCUACAAAUUUGGGAAAUCUAUCAACCUUGAUUGUGUUAGAUGUUGCCUCAAAUCCAUUGACAGGAGUUGAAUUAGUAUUUGGGUUUUCAAAUCCCGACCUUCCUGCAUGGUUGUAUACACAACGAUCUGUUGAAACUUUAGCUAUAGUUGGAUCAUCAUUUGAGGCUUCAGACAAAUUUUGGAAUUUUGUAUCAACAAUAGCUGAAGUCCAAGUACAUGGUUGCUUGCCUCAAUUAUCACCAAACGUGGUUUCUGUCGUGUUAUCAAAUAAUUCAUUAUCAGGAGAAUUGUCUCGCCUCUUAUGUGGUCAUAAUGUGUCGAAUGGGAAAAACAAUUUGUUGUAUUUGGACAUAUCAUCGAAUAAUCUAUCUGGAGGACUAACGAAUUGUUGGAAGAACUGGAAAUCUUUGGUUGCUAUUCACUUGGGAAGCAAUAAUCUAUCAGGAAAGAUACCUUCAUCACUAGGCUUCUUAUCUAAUCUCAACUCACUCCAUUUGCAUGAGAAUAAACUACAUGGUCAGAUUCCUCUCUCAUUGCAAAAUUGUCGCUCUCUAUUGGUCUUUAAUGUUCGCAAUAACCAAUUAUCAGGAAAUAUACCACUUUGGAUAUCUCAUGGUGUAUUGGCUCUCCAAUUACGGUCCAAUCAUUUUACUGGUAAAAUCUCACCACAAAUAUGCGAAAUGUCUUCCCUCAUUGUGUUGGAUAUUGCACAAAACACAAUAUCCGGUAAUAUACCCAGUUGUCUUAGUAAUAUUAAAACCCUACUUUUCAACAAUGUUUCACAUAACAAGCUUUCUUUUGAAUUUCCUUCACCAUCUCCUCACCGUUACUUCUUCUCUGACGACAGUCUAGAAUUGGUUACUAAAGGUCAAGUAUUAGAAUAUGAAAAAAACCUACACUUUAUGACCUUAAUUGAUAUGUCAAGUAACAAUUUGUCCGGAACAAUACCUCCACAAAUGUUUAGUCUCGUUGGAUUGCAUUCCUUGAAUUUAUCCAACAACAAAUUAGCAGGAGAAAUACCAGAUGAGAUAGGAAAUAUGAAAAACUUGGAGUCCCUCGAUUUUUCAACAAACCAACUUGGGGGAGAAAUUCCUCAGAGCUUAUCCAGAUUGUCCUUUUUGAGUUACAUGAACCUGUCAUUCAAUGAUUUGACAGGCAAAAUACCAUCAGGCACACAACUUCAAGGAUUCUCUACACUUAGUUACAUGGGCAAUCAUGAUCUUUGUGGACCUCCACUUACCAAAACGUGCUUUCCGAAUGAUAAACAUAAAGACAGAGAGGUUGUGCAUGAAGGUGGAAAUCAAUUUAAAUUUUUGACAUGGUUUUACAUCGGAAUGGAAUCUGGAUUUGUGACAGGCUUUUUGGGAGUUUGUUGUACUAUUUUGUUAAACAGAAAAUUGAGACAUGCUUCCAUUAAGUUUGUUUAUGACUUGAAAGAUCGAAUUCAUAAUAUGGUGGUGACAAACAUUAAUCGCUUCAGUUAA